AUAACGGUUUCAGUUAUUAACUCGGACCCAAUCGGAUAAGUUGGAAACGACGGUGGGUACGUGUGACAGAUUCUGGACAUGGAUAGAUGGCUAAUUUUCCGUUUUAGCGGCACCAGAAAGAGCCGUGUUGUUCAGUGACUCUGUCCCAUACGACAAACUUGCAAGGCAGAAAUACGUCAGAGUAGCACACGGUGCGGCUCGAGAAGAAUGAAGAUGUUUCACAAAUUUUAGAAUUGCAGUCGUCCUAUUUGUAUCAUUUUAGAAGGCUAUAGUCGUUCUUUGGUAGAUAUGGAUAACUUUUCUACUUUGGUUGCGCCAGAGCCGUGUUGUUCGGUGACUCCAGGACAGUUUAUCGGAUUUAUGGCGUUCGAUGCUCUGAUCUUCCUCGGCAUCAUCGUCGGCAACACCCUGGUCGUGAUGUCGGUGAUGUCCUUCCCCAAGAUGCGCUCUCCGACUAACGUCUUCUUGGCCAGUCUUGCCGUGGCAGAUCUCUUCGUGGCCUUCGCCUGCCUCCCCUGUGACAUCAUCUUCAGCCUGGGCGUGGCUGGGGAGGUCUCCCCCUGGCUGUGUCUCGUCGGCAGCUCGCUGACUUGCGUGUCGUUCAGCGUCUCUGUCAACCACUUAGCCGUAAUCGCCUACGAUCGCUACCUGGCUAUCACCAAACCGCUACGGUACUACACCCAGAUGACAUUGCGACGAGUACGCUACCUCAUCCUGGCAUCUUGGACUAUUGCCAUCUUUUACAACCUCCUGCCGUUCUUCGGUUGGAACCAGUUAUCAACUUACAACCUCGACUACUGCGACUUGCUCUUCAUCCACCCUUUCAGUUACCGCUGUGUAGGUACCGUUGUCCUCACUGUAACCCCCUUCAUCUUCAUGGGGUACUUCUACCUGAGGAUUUACCUCGUGGCCCGGAAGCAUCACCGGCGCAUCGCCGCAGAAGCCCACGCCGUCCAACUCCAUCCACGGCCCCUCAUGCUGGAGAUCAGAGCAGCCAAGACGGUAGCCCUAGUCCUGGGCAUCUUCAUGCUAGCAUUCUCACCAGCAACUCUGAUCACCGUGGGAGAUGCUUUAUUCUCGCUCCCCAUGAAGGAACUUUUCAUCCUUGAGAUUUUCUUUUUCCAUCUUGUCUUCAGCAACUCUGCCAUGAAUCCUGUGACCUAUGCCUGGCGGAGCAGGGAGUUUCGCUGGGCGUUUGUUAAACUCCUCGCGCCCAUCUUCCCAUGCCGAUACUGGAAGAGUUUAUCGGAGCGGGCUACACGCAACCUCACUAAUAACCCAAACGAUUCCUUGACCGUGAAUCCCGACUCCGCCCCCGAUGAAGGAAUAGACCUCGGCUCCACUUCAUCGUCUCGAAACGAACUGACUAACACACACACUGGUACUACAGAUUAUGUUUUCCAAUUGCAAAACGGUGGCGAAACCUCAUCUAGAGUUUGGUGUAUUGACGUACGGUAA